AUGAAAUUUUUUCUACUUCUUGUACUUGCACUCAUUGUCAUGAUCAAUGGCAAUCCAUUGAAUCGCGAAUGCAAAUGUAAAGCUGUUUCAAAUACAAUUAGCUUUCCGUUUCAUUCAUGGGACAUCUCAUCGUGUAAACUCUGUUCAUGCAAAGACGCAGCCAUGGUUAAUUGUGAACAAGCAUGUAAAAGUAUGGUCGAAUCGUACGCACGAACUGGUUGUGGCAAAGUCAUUAAAGGUAGCAAAGUAAAAUAUUCUUGGGAAGCAAGUUCAUGCUCAAAAGGUGUUAGCAAAGUUGAAUACACAUGUGCUUGA